CCCCGGUAAAGUCUCGCGGUGCUGCCGGGCUCGGCCCCGUCUCCUCCUCUUGCUCCCUCGGCCGGGCGCGGUGACUGUGCAACGACGUGGGCUCGGGCUGCGCCGCCCGCCCGCCAGCAUGGCCACCACCGGGCCCUGCACCCGCUUCACCGACGACUACCAGCUCUUCGAGGAGCUCGGCAAGGGUGCUUUCUCUGUGGUCCGCAGGUGUGUGAAGAAAACCUCCACCCAGGAGUAUGCAGCGAAAAUCAUCAAUACCAAGAAGUUGUCUGCCCGGGAUCACCAGAAGCUGGAGCGUGAAGCCCGGAUAUGCCGACUUCUAAAGCACCCCAACAUUGUACGUCUCCAUGACAGUAUUUCUGAAGAAGGGUUUCACUACCUCGUGUUUGACCUGGUCACCGGUGGAGAGCUGUUUGAAGACAUCGUGGCCAGGGAGUACUACAGUGAGGCUGAUGCCAGCCACUGUAUCCACCAGAUCCUGGAGAGCGUCAGCCACAUCCACCAGCAUGACAUCGUGCACCGCGACCUCAAGCCUGAGAACCUGCUGCUGGCCAGUAAAUGCAAGGGCGCCGCCGUCAAGCUGGCGGACUUUGGCCUCGCCAUCGAAGUACAGGGAGAGCAGCAGGCUUGGUUUGGAUUUGCUGGCACCCCGGGUUACUUAUCCCCUGAGGUCUUGAGAAAAGAUCCGUAUGGAAAACCCGUGGAUAUCUGGGCCUGCGGGGUGAUCCUCUAUAUCCUGCUCGUGGGCUACCCGCCCUUCUGGGAUGAGGAUCAGCACAAACUCUACCAGCAGAUCAAGGCCGGAGCCUAUGACUUCCCAUCCCCCGAGUGGGACACGGUGACUCCGGAAGCCAAGAACCUCAUUAAUCAGAUGCUGACCAUCAACCCCGCCAAACGCAUCACCGCUGACCAGGCACUUAAGCAUCCAUGGGUCUGCCAACGGUCCACAGUAGCGUCCAUGAUGCACCGCCAGGAGACCGUGGAGUGUUUGCGCAAGUUCAAUGCGCGGAGAAAACUGAAGGGUGCCAUCCUCACCACCAUGCUCGUUUCCAGGAACUUCUCAGUUGGCAGGCAGAGCUCCGCCCCAGCCUCGCCAGCCACGAGCGCCGCCGGCCUGGCCGGGCAAGCUGCCAAAAGCCUCUUGAAUAAGAAGUCAGAUGGUGGGGUCAAGAAAAGGAAGUCGAGCUCCAGUGUGCACCUGAUGCCACAGAGCAACAACAAAAACAGUCUCGUAAGCCCAGUCCAAGAGCCUGCGCCCUUGCAGACGGCCAUGGAACCGCAGACCACGGUGGUGCACAACGCAACAGAUGGAAUCAAGGGCUCCACAGAGAGCUGCAACACCACCACAGAAGAUGAGGACCUUAAAGCUGGGCCACUCCGCCCUGCGAAUAGCAGUUCGGUGCUGGAAGGAUGGAGCUCCCGGGACAGAACUGGCCCCUGUACGGGCUCACAACCCCAGACUCCUCUCGGCUCCUCCGCCAUGCGGAAACAGGAAAUCAUUAAGAUCACAGAGCAACUGAUUGAGGCCAUCAACAAUGGGGACUUCGAGGCCUACACGAAAAUUUGUGAUCCAGGCCUCACUUCUUUCGAGCCUGAGGCCCUAGGCAACCUCGUGGAGGGGAUGGAUUUUCAUAAGUUUUACUUUGAGAACCUCCUGUCCAAGAAUAGCAAGCCCAUCCACACCACCAUCCUGAAUCCACACGUCCACGUGAUCGGAGAGGAUGCUGCCUGUAUUGCUUACAUCCGCCUCACCCAGUACAUCGAUGGGCAGGGCCGGCCUCGAACCAGCCAGUCGGAGGAGACCCGGGUCUGGCAUCGCCGGGACGGCAAAUGGCUCAAUGUCCACUACCACUGCUCAGGGGCCCCCGCUGCCCCACUGCAGUGAGCUCAGCCACAGGGGCAUUAGGAGAUCCCAGCUGGAGGUUGAACCUUUCCAGCAGUGGCUCUGGAGGGCCUGAGUGACAAGCGGCAGUCCUGUUCGUUUGAGGUUUAAAACAAUUCAAUUACAAAGCGGCAGCAGCCAGUGCACGCCCCUGCAUGCAGCCCUCCCGCCCGCCCUUCAUGUCUGUCUCUGCUGUACUGAGGUGUUUUUUUUUACAUUUAAGGAAAAACAAACAAAAAUACAGAAUUGUCCCCCCCCCCAGAGAAAGAGAGAGAGAGAGACUGAGAGAAAGAAAGAGAGAGUGAGAGAGAGAGAGAGAUUCAUAACAUGAGGCGUUUUGAAACCAUUGACAUGGCCCUUGGGCUGGCAACAAGGUGGGAGUCUGGAUGACAACCGUCCUAGCAUGAGCAGCGGGUUUUAACCACCAAUCCCUGAAGAGGUGGGCUGGGCCCCUGGCCUCCGUGGACACAGGGGGACCGUCCAGAAACUUGGACAGAGCUUUGGGGCCCCAUGAUGCACUGGCAAGGCCCGCCAGUGGCCCACCCGCCUCUGCCCAGGAAUAGACCUUUUCUGAGGAUGCGGAGUUGCCCGGAAGGAGGCUGAGAAGGAAGGAGACAAACGUGGCUGUCAUCCCUCCUUGGAGAGAUCACUGCACUCCUAGCCAGCCCAGAAGUCGGGGGCCUCAAGACCAUGGGGCCGGGGCCGUUGCUGAACCACUGGUUUAGAGUGACCGGGAAGAGAAUUGGUGCUGCAGAUGUGUGUCCGCUACCAAGCCGAUGAGAAACCUCGUUUUAGUCUGACAUGCACUCACGCACUCUUCUGUGUCCCUAGGAUGCACCCAGGCCCUAAUGCUGGGGAGGGGAAGGGGCUGCUGCUUUGGCUUUUCCUGUUCGAUUUUUCUGAACCAACUAAGCAAGGAGAGAGCCUGGCCCGGGCACGCCUUGCUACCAUUGGUAGUUUGUCUUUUUGUGCUGAUUUGGACCACCCUUGUCUUGACUUUCCAUGGCGGUGGUCCCUGUGAGGAUCCUCCUCUGUGGAUCCUCAGUGCUCUGCCAAGUGUCCCUGGGGCUUGGAGGAUUGGGGGUGGGGGUCGAAGCGUCCAGAGGUGUUUCUAUGCAUUCGGGCAGCCUUCCCUCGGGCCGACCAGCCUCCUUUCCUUCCUCUUCCCUCUGCGUGCGCAUCCAUCUCUCUUUCCUGUCUGAGACUGAGCUGACUGCUAGAGCAAGAAGAGAAGGUCGCUCUGACCAACUGAAAUAUUGUGUUAACUGCUGGACAAUCUGCAUGGGCAUCCCCCCCAACCUGCAUGUCCCCAAAAGAGGUGCCCAGAGCCACGGCUCCUAUGGUCAUUGUGCCUCUCUGUGCUCAAAGUGUUUCAUUCCAGGAGAGAAAGAUCUCUGUUCAAAGCAAAUAGCAGAAAAGAACAAUAAAAAUCCCAGAAGAGCAGUUGGUUAAUGGCCUUGAUCCUCCCCCCCAAAAAAAAACAAAAACAAAAACAAAACCAUACAACUAUGCAGACCUUUCUGCACAAAUUUCUGCAGUGUUGGGGAAGGAUCUAGCUAGACCGCAGCUUGCUGGUCUACCUUUAGGAGGCACAGGAAUUGGGAAAAGAGCUACCAUUGUGCUUUGGAACCAGCCAAGAAGAGACGCAGGUGCUGGUGCUUGGAUUGAGCCAGGCUCCGCUGUGCACUUCAUGCAUGUCCUGGCCACCCCACCCCACCCCCGGACCCUUGCCCCACUUUUCCCUGCAGCCCAUACAUAGUACCAGCACGUAGACACCUUUCACCACCAGGUUUGGUUUUGCUGGCUUGAAGACAAACGGUCUUAAGAGUUCAUUAAGACCCAUCAUAGCUUCCUAUGGCUGCUCCAGUCCCACCUCUUAGCAUUCUUACUCCUCUUCUGGGGCUAAUGUCAGCAUCUAGACAAUAGACUAUUUAAAAAAAAAAAAAAAAGGCAAAAAAAAAAUCACCUUUUAAACAGGAAAUGGAAGGCAUUUGAUGCAGAAUUUUUGCAUGAUGACAUAGAAAUAAUUUAAAAAUUAGUGUUUGUUCUGAAUGUUGGUAGACCCUUCAUAGCUUUGUUACAAUGAAACCUUGAACUGAAGAUAUUUAAUAAAAUAACCUUUAAACAGUC